GGGUCUCCGUAAAAGCACUUCCGGAUGCGCCGGAAGUUGUUGUUGGAGGUCUGCGGGAAGUCCCGGAGGCUGGCUUCCGCUACAGUAGCUGUUUCGAGGCCAUGGACCGGAGGAAAAAGCCUCUGGACGUGACAGCAUCUUCGUUAGUAGAUCUCAAGGCCGAACUCUUCCGAAAGCAAGAGGAAUUCAAGCAAGAAAAGCUUCUAAAAGAUUCUGGGGCUUUUGCAAAACCAAAAGCAACACACAAGAAAUCCAGCAUCUGGAGCAAGCAGAAUGCAGGUGUUUCCAGUCGGGCAGAGAAAGACGCGGAGCAGAAGGCUGAGGAGCAGAAGACUCUAGACAGAGCAAGGGAGAAGUUGGAAGAGAAAGCCCAAUUAUACGAGAAGAUGACUCAGGGAGAUUUUAUAGAUGAAGAAGUGGAAGACCUGUACCUCGUGGACUUCACUCAGAAAGUCAUAGACAGACACAGGGAAGCAGGAGUGCUUGGUGCCGGCAGGGACACCAGCAGAGACGCUGGCAGAGAUGCUAGCAGGGCAGGAGACAGGGCAGACGAAGAGGAAACCCUGUCUGAGAAAGACAUCCCUCCUCCCUUGGACCCCAGUGAAGAAUGGGUGGACUACGUGGACUCCCUGGGGAGAUCCCGGCGCUGCAUGAAGAAGGAUUUGCCACAGCUCCUGGAGAUGGACAAACGUCUGCAGGGCCGACUUUUCAUCAGUCCUGCUAAUGAGAAGACCUUACUGUCCGAAGACAUGAGGAAGGAGCUUCAGCGGCAGCAGUGGGAAGAGGAGGAGAGGGAGGCCCUGCAAAGGCCCGUGGGGCCCGUCCACUAUGAGGACAUCCGUGAAAAUGAGGCCCGGCAGCUCGGGGUUGGAUACUUUGCUUUUGCCCAAGAUACGGAGCUGAGAAGCAAGCAAAUGAAAACUCUCGAGAUGCUGCGUGAGCAGACAACAGAUCAGAGAACAAAGCGAGAAAACAUCAAGGAGAAGCGGAAAGCUGUGUUAGAAGCCAGACUUGCCAAACUCCGGCAGAAAAAGAUGAAACAGGCCAGCGAAGUGGGGGCCGAGGAAGCAAAUACAGCUGGAGACGCCAUUGGGCCUUUGCCACCGGAACCUGAGGCCAAGCCAGCUCCACGCCCCACGCAGAGCAGAGUCGAGGUGCUCGUGCAGGAGAGGAGGGACACCAGGCCCGGGGUGCCACACGUCCGCGAGUGGGACAGAGGGAAGGAAUUUACCUUUGGAUACUGGUCAAAGAGGCAGUCCAGUCUGCGGGCUGAGCGAGACCCUGAGUUUGCCCCACCGUCGGAUUACUAUGUGGGUCAGCAGAGAGCCGGCUCCAGCAGCAGCCAAACGUGGAGCAGACCUGGGCCUGCACAGCUGGGUCCACAGCAGCACCCUGCUCCUGCUCCUGCCCCUGGCCCUGGCUCAGGCCUUACCUCCAGCUGUUCAUACCCAGCAUCCACUGCUGCCCCCAGCACCCCGCCACAAGCCCCCACAGUCACUUUCGAAACUCUGGAUGACAUGAUAUCUUAUUAUAAACAAGUGACGUGAA